AUGAGUCUACCGAAUCUGCUUGCCCCUUUUGCAGUGCCAAUGCGCAGCUCAACCUAUCUCCUCCUUCUACUCUAUGGCAAUAUAGAGACAAUCAUGAGUCAUGAUAGUACAGGAAGCUUUCACACGGUGCACCACCUUAACGCAAAAAGCAAUUUUGGCCAAUUAACCACAUUCUGGGAUCAACUGAUGGGUACAUAUCUGGAUCCCUUCUUUUAUUUUCAGAAGCAUAACAAGGGCAGAGAUCGAUCAAGAGUCUCCAUCUAA